ACACACUCCGGGUAGCCGGCACUUUUUAGUGUGGAUUGGAGCUCCCAACGCCAACAGACCAACAGUAUCAGUCAGACCUGUGAAGGGACCACAACUCUCAACAAACAUCUACAUCCAUCUACAAACAACUUUAUAGCCCCCACCGCUCUUUCCUUCCCAUAUUUUCCCUUAUUCCCUCCUGUUUAUCCCUUUCUCCCUCCAACCUGUGACAUUCAAAACCAUGUGCCUUGCUUAGAGAGAGAUAAGAACGCUAGCAGUGUUGUGACAGAUCGGUUCUGUUAUUGUUGAGAAAGUGUGGUGAUAGUUUUCGUUUUGAAUGUUUUGAAGUGAACUGGUAAUGGUUUGUUAGGUGGUGAUAGAGUGACAAGGAGAUUUGGUGAUAACACACUAUUCAAGUGAAGAGAGAAGUCGUUUCAAAAAGAUCAGAAAUGGGGCACAUAAUUUUGACAACUCACAGCCUAAUUUGGGUCCUGCUGACCAUCACUGCGACUCUAGCUGUAUUCUCAGGCCUUGUAUCUCCUGAAUGGCUUCAAAGUCAGACUCCAGUAAUGUAUGCAAACAACACACUGUAUAUGAUACCAUCCAUCGGUAUAUUCAACCGAUGUAUCAAACUGAAUAACCAGAAGAAUUGUGCCUCAUUUGCCAUCGAUGGAUUAUCAACCAGUUCGCAUAGUUUUCCCACAUUAUGGAAGACAUCUCUGAUUAUGUUCGUUCUGGGUUUGGCCAUCAUGGUAUUCACAGUAAUGACAGCCGUACUGAGUUGCUGUGUGCAAAGUGUCUACAAGAAGAGUAUUUUCACGGUCACUGGUACCGUGCAAGCAGUAGCUGGUAUUUUUUAUUUGUUGGGACUGAUAACGUAUACUGCCGGUUGGGGGUGCCCUAGGAUGGUGAAACUUUGUGGUGAAGAGUCAGGUCCAUUUAGUAAAGGAAAUUGUUCAAUUGGCCCGUCCUUAUAUACAGCUUUAGUUGGCACAGGACUCACCUUCCUUACUGCUGUAUUAUCGGUUAAAGCAGAAAAAACUACAUCCAGCGAUAGAGUGAGCCAUCAUGUCGAGAAAGGAGAAACUAUAGUAUGUUUACUGUAAAAAACGAACAUAUAAUUAUCCAAGGAGAAGCGAAAAGGAGGGUUCUUAUCUAAUGAUUGAUAGUUUUUAUUCUUGAAUUUCAAAAUCAGUCAUGGGAAUGUACCGUACGUUAUUUGAGAAUGUGCUUCAGCUAUCAUUGUCUAGCAUUUUAUAAACAUAUAAGAAUCCCAGAUUACGUACUAUUUCAUUUCAUUGUAUCAUAUAGUUUUUUAUAAUCAGAGGGACCACAAAAAAGAACUUACUGUUAACAUCAACGAGGUUGAGUUACAUUAUUUUCAGACUGCUAUAUUGGAUAUCUGAAAUUUCUAUUUGAAAUUCUGAGAAAAUUAAAUAAGCUAAUAUUCUUGAAAGCCACUUUUACUCUCAUACUUGUAGUAAAAUGAUUGAUUUUAUACUUGAAUAAUGUAAAGAACCAGUAGUAUCUGGGCAACUAUACAGAUACGGUAAUAGUUUACACUUCAAUUGAAUCUAAAUGAGAAUUCAGAAAUAUAUUUUCAUAUCAUAGAUAUGCACAUUAUUAAUUUCCCAAAAAUAAUGGUUCAACUUCUAACACAGUCUCAGAUUCAUUUCUGUCUUCCAAGUCUUAUUGAAUAUUCAAUUUGAUUAACUUUGUUACUUUGUAACCUUAAUACAUUGGAUACUUGAAAAUGUGACUUGUAAAAAUACUUGAGAAACUAUGACCAUUCCAAAAAGAAUGGACAUUUCUUUUCUCGUUCAAGCAUUGAUGUCUAUCAUAACUAAAUCCAUUCCACAUAAGUUCAAGAAUUUCAAUCAGGCAAAAGUAAUCUUAAUGCAUUGGAUACUUGAAAAUGUGACUUGUAAAAAUACUUGAAAAACUAUGAUCAUUCCAAAAAGAUUGAACAUUUCUUCUCUUAUUCAAGCAUUGAUGUCUAUCAUAACUAAAUCCAUUUCACAUAAGUUCAAGAAUUUCAAUCAGGCAUCAUGAGUUUUAUUUCUUGUUUUUAAAAUCUUUGAGAAAAAUAGUUAUUGUGAAAUUAGUACAAAUAAUUGAGAAAUAAGAGUGCCUCAAUAUAUGACAAAC